AUGCCCUCGCAGGCGAGCGCGGGCGUGGCCGAGGCCGCGCAGGCGGCGCCGCCCAGCGCGAGCCCUGCGCGCCAGGGCGCGGCGGAGGGUGCCGCCGAGGCCGUGCCCGCUGCGCCGGGCGGCGACGGGUCGCUCGGGCCCUGCGCAGGAGGCACCGCAUUGGCGCGCGUGCCUUCCGAGGCGCCCCCGCCGGCCGUCGCCUCUGCGGAGCCUGGGGCGGCCCUCCCGGCGUCCCCUCGCAGGGCCUCGCCGCGGGCUCCCGCCGGCCCCGGCGCGCGCUCGUGCCCGCCGCCCGCCCUGCGGGGCAGGCCGAGGCCGGGCCACCAAGUCGCCCGGGACACUGUGGACGGGCACAAGUUGUUUCACAUCUCUUCUGUGGCCGCGCUGAUCGAUCCGGAGGAGAGCCCGCCAGCGUGCCGCCAGAGGCGGCCGGCCAGCCCGGAGGCGCCGCCCUGGCGCAGCCCGCCAGCGGGCCCCUGCCAGUGA